AUUGUUUUGAGUGGAGACAGAAGUUCAUAUAUCAUGUCCAAUCUCACAGUCAGAUUAAUCCGUUAAGUCUUUAAUAUUGUUUUUAUUUUUUCCAAUAUCUUUUUGAGGUGGCCCAACCUUUGGCAAGUGCCAUGUUGACGUUGCACUUUGUCUUCUGUUUUGCUAUUUUUGCAUGGUCUUAGUACACGUUAAACAAAAAGCACUCACCACUCACCACCUUAGUUUGAUCUGAUUGCAUUGCAUUCUCUGGUAGCGCCGCUUUGAUAACUCCUAUCAACACAGUAAGAGGAGCAAUUCACUUUCCAGGAUUGUUACAUAACUUACAUUUAUUCACUUGGUGUGAGGGCCCACAUUUGAUCAAUCAUCAACUUGAGCUGUCUGUAUGUUAAAAACUGACUCAUUAGUUAAACGGAUUAAAGAAGUUUGAGGAGUAGAGCAGGAAGAGAAGUCCAUUAUUCCUCUCCACCUGUGAAGAAAAGGUCCAGCCUCUGUCUCAGAUCAGUUUCCAUCCCUGCUUGCUGUGCUUCCUCUCCAGUAUGGUUCAGAAGGUGGCAGUGAUCGGUGCCGGUCCUACAGGUCUGACCAGCAUCAAGGCCUGUUUGGAAGAAGGUCUGGAGCCAACCUGCUUUGAGAGCAGCCACGACAUUGGAGGUCUAUGGAGAUUUAAGGAGAAGCCAGAGCCUGGACGAGCCAACAUCUAUGAGUCGGUGGUGAUCAACAGCUCCAAAGAGAUGAUGUCUUUCAGUGACUUCCCUCCUCCUGCUGAGUUCCCUAACAACAUGCACCACUCUGAGGUGCUGCUGUAUCUGCGCCUCUACGCCCAGGCAUUCAAUCUGCUGCAACACAUACAGCUCCAGACUACCGUGCUCAGCGUGAGGCAGACUCCGGACUUUACUGUGACCGGCCAGUGGGAAGUGGAGACCGAGAGGGAAGGGGGUCAGAGGGAGACUCAUGUUUUUGACGCAGUAAUAGUUUGUACUGGACACUUCACCCAGCCUCACCUACCGCUCAGAGACUUCAAAGGUAUUGAGAGCUUUGAAGGCAGAUAUUUCCACAGCUGGGAAUACCGAAAUGCAGAAGGGAUGCAGGGGAAAAGAGUGGUGGUGAUUGGGAUCGGAAAUUCUGGAGGUGAUAUUGCUGUGGACAUCAGUAGAGUUGCUGAGAAGGUGUACCUGAGUACCAGGAGCGGAGCGUGGGUUGUCAGCCGUGUAGGACCGGGGGGACUUCCGACUGACCUCGUUGGGACUUCUCGAAUGGAUUUGAUGAUACAGAAACUGUUUCCCUCAAGGAUCAACAAGAUGGUGGAGAAAAACCUGAACAAAGCGUUUGACCACACACUAUAUGGCCUGAAACCAAAACACGGAUUUUUUGCACGGAUUCCUGUUGUGAAUGACGACCUGCCGGCUCGGAUCAUCUCAGCUCGUGUUCAGGUGAAACCAAACGUGAAGGAGUUCUGUGGGUCCAGUGUGGUCUUUGUUGAUGGUAGUGCCAUAAACAAGGUGGAUGUGGUGGUAUUUGCCACAGGGUACAACUACAGCUUCCCCUUCCUGCCCUCAGCUCUGCAGGCUAAAAGUGGCUACAGGCUGCGUCUCUACAAACAUGUGUUCCCUCCUGGACUCAGCCAUCCAACGCUGGCAGUGGUGGGCUUCAUCAACGCCUUGGGGGCUGUCAACCCACUGGCUGAGAUGCAGGCCCGCUGGGCUACAAAAGUUUUUAAAGGCUCAUCAACCCUCCCCUCAGAAGAGACCAUGGUGAAGGAAAUUCAGAGAGACUCUGCAACAAUGCACCAGAGGUUUUCCUGCUCUGAGCUUAACCCCCUCCAGGUGGACUACAUGCCUUACCUGGACUCUCUGGCAGAGCAGGUAGGGGUUCGACCAAACAUACUGUCGCUCUUGAUGAAGGACCCCAGACUGGGACUUCAGGUUUUGCUGGGUCCUGGUACUCCAUAUCAGUACCGUCUGACUGGACCGGGCCAGUGGGUUGGUGCCCGUCAGGCCAUUCUUACUCAGUGGGAGCGAGUGGUUCAACCCUUCAGGACCAGAGUGGUACCAGAACCAGAAACCAAACCCUCUUCUAGACUGAGCAUCAUAGUGAUUUUCUCAGGAGUUACCCUGCUGUGCUGCUUCUGCUACAAGAAACUCCCUCUCUCCUCUCUCCUCCCUCAUUCUUCAGAUCUCCUCAGUAAGCUGCCUGGUUAUGUGCCUUAAUGAAGCAAAGUGCUGUGGGCAGAGCAUGCAAGAAUAUAGUAACAUGGCUGCUUGAAUGAGAAAUAAAGUUUUUCAAAGUAA